AUGAAGGAAAACAGCACAUCGGUACACUUCGACGCAGAACCAUCCAGCCCCGACCAGCUGGCGCCAGAAGAGCAGACAUUGCCUAUAUCGCCUUCAAAUGGUAUCGAUGAAAAAGCAACGAGAGAAUGUAACGCUUCAAAUUCAACUUGUUUGUCCGGCAAAAAAGAAGUGGGAAGCAGAGGUGAGAGUGGUGUGCUGAGCAGAGGUCGCAAGAAACGGUACCUGAGGGGUCAAAUUCUCGCCAUUCGAAAAGCAUUCUCGGAAGAGCAGUGGUUACAGUACGCGAAGGCGCUCUAUGGUGACGCACUUAAAAGUCAGCCAUUCAAAAAAUGCGAAAUCGUAAAAGAAUCAACGAGUGAUAUGCCGAAAACAAAAAAGACAGGAAAGUGUGUCAUACAAACAAAGAAACAGAAUGAGCAAAAGUCAUACGAAAUGAAGCAGAACAAAGCACCGCUUCUGGCUUCUAAAACUUCGCGGGACAAAACUUUUGGAAUUUUGGAUGGGAAAUGCAGAAGAAUGAAAGCGAAUUUUUAUCACGAGCUGUCAGUAGAAAUGGGAAAUAAAAUGGAACGUGGAACAUCAACAACAGUGGCCACACAAACGUAUUCUGAGACAGCGCGCACUGAUGACACCAGAAAUUUCCAGCUACCUCACGAAACAAGCAGUCAGUACCAAAGGUUCAAUGAGUUAUAUAGACGGCUGGAUAUGUACUAUCGAUACUAUCGAUACAUACGGCAGGCGUACCGGCGCAGUUCCGUAUAG